GAGCAAAGCGGAUUGAAUUUUGAAGUGACCAAUUAGACAACUUGGUCUUGUAAGGUGCCUUUGCGCGGUUGAAUGGUAUCGGCAUUUGGAGUGGGUUCGGAGAAGGAACAAAUUACCGGGAUAGUGGAUUUACGAGAUGACCGGAUCAAACGAGUUUAAGUUAAACCAGGCCCCAGAAGAUGGGAUAUCUGCAGUCAAAUUUAGUCCAAACACAUCCCAGUUCUUGCUGGUUUCCUCCUGGGAUACCUCCGUGCGCCUCUACGAUGUCCCUGCGAACGCCAUGAGGCUCAAAUACCAGCAUGCGGGGCCUGUUUUGGAUUGUGCGUUUUAUGAUCCAACACAUGCCUGGAGUGGAGGAUUGGAUCAUCAGUUGAAAAUGCAUGAUUUAAACACGGAUGGAGAGUCUGUGGUUGGAAGCCAUGAUGCCCCAAUUCGUUGUGUGGAGUUUUGCCCAGAGGUGAAUGUCAUGGUGACUGGAAGCUGGGACCAGACGGUGAAGCUCUGGGACCCCCGCACCCCAUGCAAUGCUGGAACAUUCUCUCAGCCAGAUAAGGUAUACACGCUGUCUGUCUCUGGAGACAGGCUGAUUGUGGGAACAGCUGGUCGGAGGGUGCUUGUUUGGGACCUCCGGAACAUGGGCUACGUGCAGCAGAGGCGAGAAUCAAGUCUAAAGUACCAGACGCGAUGCAUCAGGGCCUUUCCCAACAAGCAGGGCUAUGUACUGAGCUCUAUUGAAGGCAGGGUUGCUGUCGAGUAUUUGGAUCCAAGCUUGGAAGUUCAAAAGAAGAAAUAUGCUUUCAAGUGUCAUCGUCUGAAAGAGAACAACAUUGAACAUAUCUACCCUGUCAAUGCUGUGUCCUUCCACAGUGUGCACAACACCUUUGCUACAGGUGGCUCGGAUGGUUUCGUUAAUAUCUGGGAUCCCUUCAACAAGAAACGUCUCUGCCAGUUCCACCGCUACCCGACAAGUAUUGCAUCUCUGGCCUUCAGCAAUGACGGCAGCACUUUGGCAAUCGCUGCCUCCUACAUGUAUGAAAUGGAUGACAUUGAGCACCCUGAAGAUGCUAUCUACAUACGGCAAGUGACAGAUGCUGAGACAAAGCCCAAGUGAGGCAGCUUCACCUGCCUCUCCUCCCCCAGCAACGGGGAUUUAUUAAUUUUCCCUUGGUUCAUGAAUAGCGUUAUUGAUGUUAAGAGAAGAUAACUAUGGCUGACUGUAGGACUGGGGGAGAUUUUAUCGCAUCCUCCCAAGCUUUCAAUAUCCGUCAGUUGAUAGACGUCUGACAGAUAAAAUUAUGCGCAGUUGUUUUAUACAGAAGCGUGUCGACCUCCUCUGCAUUUCUUGCCCUUCAUUAGUUCACCUGAAGGACUUUGUAUUUUUGACAUUUACUUUAAAAUGCAGUUAUGGAAUUUACUAUCAAGACUCCUUUUCAUGAUCCCUCACACCCAGUUAUUUUUUUUGUUUCCUUUUUUCCAUGUCUUGUUUGUUUUUUGUUUUUUUUUGUAACCAUUAUUCAUGUUCUAUGAAUGUAAAAAAAUAAGUACGUUAUAAGAAAUA